GAAGGGAGAAGGGAGGAGAAAGAGGAGGAGGAGGAAGGUUGGUGGUUUACAGAACUCUGAGCUGUCGGUUGUUUUUCGCUCCAAGCUGCCUGCUGUCCGGCGGCUCGUCCUUCGAUUCGAGCGGGACUUCAGAGCGCCUUCGUCGGCCUGCAGGUUUUCUCCAAACGCCUCGGCCUUUCCACUCACAGCCGGUCUCAGAGAGCAGGAGGGUCCGCUGAUCACCGCAGCAGCCAGCAGUUGGAGGGGCAACGAGGGCGGCACCGGGGGGGCGGCGGAGUCACGGCGAGGUCAACAUGACGUCGGUGGCGGCGGAGCUGGAGCACAUGGAGAUCCAGCAGCAACAGUACAACAACGACGGCGUCAACAACCGCUGGGAUGCUGACGACUGGGACAACGAGAACAGCUCGGCUCGGCUGUUCGAGCGCUCGCGCAUCAAAGCUCUCGCAGAUGAGCGCGAGGCGGUCCAGAAGAAGACCUUCACCAAGUGGGUCAACUCCCACCUGUCCCGGGUCUCCUGCAGAAUCACGGACCUCUACAUGGACCUGAGGGACGGGCGCAUGCUCAUCAAGCUGCUGGAGGUCCUGUCAGGAGAGAGACUGCCCAAACCCACGAAGGGCCGGAUGAGGAUCCACUGUCUGGAGAAUGUGGACAAGGCUCUGCAGUUCCUGAAGGAGCAGAGGGUUCACCUGGAGAACAUGGGCUCCCACGACAUCGUGGACGGGAACCACCGACUGACUCUGGGACUCAUCUGGACCAUCAUCCUCCGCUUCCAGAUUCAGGACAUCAGUGUGGAGACGGAGGACAACAAGGAGAAGAAGUCGGCUAAAGAUGCUCUGCUGCUCUGGUGUCAGAUGAAAACUGCAGGAUAUCCAAACGUCAACAUCCACAACUUCACCACCAGCUGGAGRGACGGGAUGGCCUUCAACGCUCUCAUCCACAAACACAG